AUGCCUAACGACGCGGUGCAACCUGCCGAGGUCGAUGUCGAGGCUAACUGGCGGUCCAAGUCCACUCUUGGAACUGCCAGGAAGCCUACCAUCAUCCCAAGGUGCAACCCAUGUCAUCCUGGAGCCUGCAUUCGUUCUGGUCCUCAAUGGGUCUUCAACGACGAUAGGGGCGAGGAGUGGUAUAAAGACAAUAUCCGCAAGUUCAUCUGGGAGUUCUCGCCUGACGCCGCCGACCCAUCAGAUGGCGAGCUGAGCAGUCUGUUGGAGUGCAUGAAGCAGGGAAGGGCGUGUCAGUUCUCGAAGACUAUGUUGAAGAUUACCCAGAACACCAUCGAGAAGCGUGUUGCUGAGCGGGCUAAGAGGGGCGACCCGAAGGCCGACUACUUCAAAGUCUAUGCCAUCCAUGAGCGUUUCGACCGUUACGGCCUGCAGAUGCCCAAAAGUGACGCGUCCCAUCCACAGAUGAGUUUGGGUGACAAGACUGUGCAAAGGCUCAGACGUAACUUGACUUUCGGCCGUAUGCUGCUCAAGAAGCCUCACGUGGCGACUUUCUCUGGCGAGCUGAUGUUUCAAAGGAAAACGCUGGUGUACGGUGAGAACGAGAAGGCGCCUGACUACGUCGGCAUUCGAUCUGCAGAGGAGCUGCGAGGUCAAGUGGAGUCUAUCACGGCUACCAGCAACGGCGCCAACUUCCAGUUCUUGGAUGCGCAAUUUCGAGAGAAAGUGGUUGAGAGGAUAGCUAGCAUCGACUGGGACAAGACUGUCAUUGACCUGUACAUGCCGGUGCCGUUCCCCGAUGGGACUGUCUAUAGGCCAGCGAUGAAUUCGGUUUGGGUGGUGAGGAAAAGUGAAGAUGAGGAGCUUCUGUUCUAUGUGCUUCACUCGGCGUCAGCGGCAGGUUGUCCUAAGGCGAAGUUCCUUGGUAUCAAUUGGGGCGAGAAGACGGUGGGCAAGGCCGGUCAGAAGUUCACUAGUUUAUCAAACGCUGAGAACGUGUAUUCGAUGUCUGCUACCCAGAAGCCGUUGACGCUGACGUUGGAGUCGUAUUAUUUCAACCGUUGUGGGGAAGGAGACAAGCCUUACGUAACGAUUACAUGCAUCUUCGACCCGUGUACGAAGAAGACUUAUGAUGAGGAAUAUGGUUGUUAUGACGGCCAGCUCGCUCUACUUCAGAUGAGUCUUCUGAAAGGUGCCCUGAUGUUCGCGCUGACUGAAAACUACUUCCCGGACCAAAGGACAGCCGCUAUUUUCAGGCAGGUGAAUAUAUCCGAACGUAAAGGUUUGAUGCAAGACCUGCAGGAUGAGAUUCUUGGUGCGACCGUGAACCUAUUCGGAGAUUAUCAUAAUUUCCACGGCGCGUGCUGGGUUGUUCCGCCGCAGCUGCUAGAUGUCAAGAAUUCUGCGAAAGAGACUGCCGUCCAGAAGGCAAAGGAGAAAGUGGAAGCGGCUGCUAAGGAGAAGCGUCUAAAGCAUCGUGAACAAUUGGAGGCCCUCCACAGAGAUAUUGAAAAGGCUUGA